AUGGUGCGACGGUUCGAACAGCCACCCAGACCGCGCUGUUGCAUUGAGCCCGCUUCCGAAGGCGAUUUGCCAACCCGGUUCCCUUUCUUCAUUCUCCCUUUAGCUUCUGUUAGGCCAAUUCGUACCAAAUCGAGCUUGAUGACGGGUUCCCGAACCGGGCAACGUCAUCCGGGACGCUUCAACGUGCUCCUCCGUCAGCUGCAAAUUCUUCUCCAUUUCGUCGAUCACCACCCGCCCUCCCGCCGCCGCGUGGAUGCAGAAAUGAUCAAACGCCAGCUUAUAAAUCCGGUAAAUAUGGUUUGA